AUGCAUCGGUGCGGAGGUUCUAUCAUCGCCGACGAUUGGGUGUUGACCGCAGCCAGCUGCGUAGCCGCUGAUCCCAAAACGCCCUACGAUACCUCCAAAUAUUCGAUAAUUGCCGGGAACUGUUUGGAUAAACGGCACAAAGAGCCCUCCAGGCCCAACGGAAUUGGGACACUCACGUGCAGCCGGCGUUGUUAUGGCGGACACCACGAAUGCAUGCGUGGAUUGCAGUGCAUAUUCUCGGUUGGGGAAUUGCGUCAGCGAACGGUGGCGAUCAGUAUGAGCCUCGACUGCGUGGCUAUGACGCAAAAAUGCUUCCCGCGCGGACAGUGUAAUAUCGGAAAGAAGGCCAUCGGACACAGUGUUUUGAUGGCGGAAACAAAUCUUCCAGUCCCUGUCGGG